AUGUUGGUGGAUGCUGUUAAUAUGGAUGCGCCGAUGAAGAUGGACAGGAAUCCACCAGGUCAAUUACCAAAAGCUUGCUGCGUCCCUGGUCUUUAUCUCGAAGCGAAAUCGAGCUACAUGCAUUACCUUGGAUUGAUUGAGGCGUUUUCAGCACGGCACCGUACCCGUUCUGCACAGCCUGCCGCCUUCCCGAGUCCCGUCUUAUCGGACCAGGACACGCAAGUCAGCAUCCCGGCGUCAUCCAAGUCGUGGCCUACGGAUACCGCCGCAGCCACAGCCGCAUUCGCAUCUUUUUUCUCCAUCUCACCCGCCCUCUCACCCUCGCCCUCGCCGCCAUCGCCCCCCCUAGACUCUAGAUACGGACUACGGGACCACGAUCGAUCGCCGGAACUCUAUCCAGCUACUCCCCGACUAUCGACGGCCCCAUCUUCGAGGUAUGUUCCUCGUCUGCCAUUACGUCCCCGGGACCCACGCCUCUCUAUUCGCUACCCAGCUCAUCCCUUCACCACCAAAACCUUGACAGGCUUCCUCUCCUUUUCCAUCCAGCCCAGACUUUCCAGACUUCAUUUACCUGCCAGCCCUACCCGCUUGCUGUCACUUAUCCUCAGCAUUGCGCCUCAACCUGCUGCCUCUUGCUCCAUUCACCUAAUCAGAACCACGUCGCAUCCGACUCUAUCUACGACAGCCACUCUUUUCCAAUCCUACAAUCCGAUUCCGUCACUCUUUACACAUAAAUCCGCAAUGCUCACACCUCGAAGAGCCGUCGCGGUCGCCGCGUUCCUCUUAAUCGUUUUCUACCUAAUUUCCUCCUCCCACGACACAACACCUGCUGUCAAGGCACCAGUCGCUGCCUCGAACCAUGAUACGACCGACUCGAAAACGUCCUCAUACACCCCUGCCUCCGCCGACGGCGAGAUUAAGCCCUCUGCUCCCAAGGUUGCGACGCAAAAGCCCAUGAUGGACAUGUCCAAGAUGUCCUUGUACGACAAGCUGGCAUACCAAUACCCCUAUGACCCCGAAACGCGUUUCCCGGCCUACAUUUGGCAGACAUGGAAGUGGACACCUGCUGAGCAACAAUUCAACUUCCGCGAGCAGGAAGCCAGUUGGUCAGAACAGCACCCUGGCUUCGUGCACGAGGUCAUUACCGACAAGGUCGCAGUCAACCUGCUGCGCCUCCUAUACGCGUCCGUCCCCGAGGUUCUCAAGGCGUACGACGCUCUUCCUCUGCCCGUCCUGAAGGCCGACUUCUUCCGAUACCUGAUCCUGCUUGCGCGCGGCGGCAUCUACUCCGACAUUGAUACCUACGCUAUCAAAUCUGCCCUUGAGUGGAUUCCCGAACGCGUUCCCCGGGAGAGCGUCGGUCUCGUUAUUGGCAUUGAGGCUGAUCCUGACCGCCCUGAUUGGAAGGACUGGUACAGUCGUCGUAUUCAGUUCUGCCAAUGGACCAUUCAAUCCAAGCCCGGGCACCCUGUCCUGCGCGAGAUUGUUGUUCGCAUCACUCAGGAAGCUUUGAAGCGCAAGAAGGCAGGCGAGCUGGACAACAUUGCCGACAAGAGCGUUGUCGAGUUCACUGGACCUGCGAUUUGGACCGACGCCAUCUUCGACUACUUCAACGACCCCCGAUACUUUAACAUGAAGAACUCCAAGGGAGCUAUUGACUGGCAGAACUUCACGGGUAUGGAGACGUCCAAGAAGGUGGGCGAUGUGGUGGUUCUCCCCAUCACGAGUUUCAGCCCUGGCGUGCGACAGAUGGGUGCCAAGGAUUACGACGAUCCUAUGGCCUUUGUGAAGCACGACUUUGAGGGUACUUGGAAGCCCGAAGAGCUUCGCCACAUUGGCGAGCAAAACGAGGAUGGAGAAGCAGAGAAGGGACCUCACGGGGUGAAUUGGGAGAUGGGCAGAAAAUGGCCUCCAGAGGCGAACGUCCGGCGAGGCGAAAGGCCGCAAAAGGUUUGGGAACAGCUUGCUACACCAAUUGCAUCGGGGUACCCUCUUUCUCCACUGGUGAACAAACAAUGGAUUCACAACCAUCUAGGUAUCAACCUGCCGACAGCGUGGCCUCGAAACCCGUCGAGGCUGUCACGGCGCGUCAUUCUGCGCCUGACACCCGGCCAAUCCCACAUCGCCGGGUACAACCCCGCACGGGUUCUCCGCAUUAGCUACGCGGGAGAGGAGGAGUGGAAGAGAGACUGGACGGACCGGACGAAGAAGAGGGCCGAGAGUUCCAACCUCUUCUCCCCGCCUUGCUUUGAAGGAUACAUUGUACUUUACCCAGACGCACUCGAAUAUCUCGACGAAUUAAAUACCUUUUUUGGAUUUUUGGAUUUAGUCAAGCACCUUUUUGGUUUAAACCUUUGGGUUACAGAGCCGAGGUUGAGCGCGGGUAAGCUUCAACAACGACAACGACGACAUCUACGGAAGAUGAUGCUCUCGACGGCUGGAUACGUUCGUCUGGCGACGGGUCCCGUGGCGCGGACUACGGCGCGGCGAAGGUGUGCCGGUUUGAGGCCCGGUGCCGUCGUUGCCGAAGUUGGGCAGCGGAGGAGGCUGUCUUCGGGGUAUGAAGGGUUGAGUUUCAGUCUGGGUCCUGAGGAUCUCAUCUCAUCUCAGCUCGAAGAUGAUAAUUUCCUGGAAUUCACAAACUCGCGACCUCACUCGCUCACCUGCAAGACGACACCCCCCCUCCUAACCCAAACAAUCCCCCAGCACUUUUCCCAAAUCGUCUCUCAACACGGCGACCUCCCCGCCGUCACAGCCCGCAGCCCAACCCCAAACUCAUCAUCCGCCUCCCCGGCGGCAACGACAACAACCCUAACCUACGCCGCCCUCGACACCCUCUCAAACACCCUAGCCCACGGCCUCCGCUCCCUCGGCGUCCGCAAAGGCGACCGCCUCGCCGUCUCCCUCGGCAACGGCGCCGAGUUCGCCGCGCUCACCUACGCGGCCUUCAAGCUCGGCGCCGUGCUCGUGCCAUUGAACCCGGGUUUCAAUGCGAAGCAGGUUGGCGCCGCGCUGCGACAUCUGGGCGUCGAAGUGCUCGUCAUUGGCAAGGUUACGGAUCUGCCGUAUAAGCCGUGUCGGGGACGGAGCAACCUCGAGCUACUGAGGACGCUGGUGCCGGAUUUGGAUAAGGGCGGGGGAGUGGUGGAGAGCGAGGUUGUCCCGAGUUUGCGAAGGGUCGUGGUGUUGGAUAAUGCUGGGUUUCAUCCCGAGGUGGAAUUUGCUGGUGGUUUCAAGGCGCUGACGCCGUAUGAGGUUCUACUCGAGUCUGGGGGUGCGACGAGGGCGGUUGUGCCCGAUGCGCCGCUGAAGCCGGACGACACGAUCAAUAUCCAGUUCACGUCGGGGACGACAUCUCAACCGAAAGCGGCGAUGCUGACGCACACUUCGAUCCUUAAUAACGGACACCUCAUCGCGCAGAGGAUGGGUCUGGUGCCAGGUGACAGGAUCGUCGUGCCGCCGCCGUUGUUCCACUGUUUCGGGUGCGUGUUGGGAUACAUGGCGACCGCGACGACGGGGCCGGGGAUCCUGUUCCCCAGUCCGGCCUUUGACCCGUCUGCCACGCUGAGGAUGGUGGCUGACUACGACGCGACGGGACUAUACGGUGUCUCGACCAUGUUUGUCGCCGUGCUGGAGGCGUUGGCGGGCGGCGGGGUGGUGAAGAAGGAGGAUAUGCCAAGGGGUCUGAGAAAGGGCAUCGCGGCGGGGAGUUCGGUGCCGGAGAGUUUGAUGAGAAGAUUGUACGAGGUUCUCGGGCUACGGGACCUGGUGAUUUGCUACGGGAUGACGGAGACGAGUCCCGUGAGCUGUAUGACGGCCCCCGACGACGGGUUCGAUAAGAGGACGGGGAGCGUGGGGAGGGCGAUGCCGCAUACGGCGGUGAAGAUUGUUGAUCCUGCGGACCGGGGACGGGUUGUGAAGCGCGGGGAGAGGGGGGAGCUCGCGGCGGCGGGGUACCUUGUUAUGAAGGGGUACUGGGGGGACGAGGAGCGGACGGCGGAGGUGAGGAGGGAGGAAGAGGAUGGGCGGGUGUGGAUGUACAGCGGGGACGAGGCGCGGAUGGACGAGGAUGGGUAUGUCGAGAUUACGGGGCGGAUCAAGGAUUUGAUUAUUAGGGGCGGGGAGAAUAUUCACCCCCUCGAGGUUGAGAAUUGUUUGUUCCAGAUGGAAGGGGUUAAGGAGGUUUCUGUGGUGGGCGUGCCGGAUGAGAAGUUGGGGGAAAGCGUUGCUGCGUUUGUAGUUUUGAAGAAGGGCUGGAAAGGGGAGGGUGGUGAUGGUGCUGCGGAAGGGGUGAAUUUGAUUACGAGGGACGAGGCGAGGGCUUGGGUUAGGGAGCACCUGUCGAGUCAUCUUGUGCCCAAGCAUGUCUUCUGGGUGGAUGAUUAUCCCAAGACGCCGAGUGGAAAGAUUCAAAAGUUCAAGCUGCGGGAUAUGGCAAAGGAUCUGCUCGAAGGGAAGAAGUAG